AUGUCCCCUCCACCAGGCAUGAGCCCUGCUGCAACUCCCCUUCCUGGUCGUCCUACCUCAGUCGCUGCUCCCUUCGCUCCGCCGCAAAACUUGCCCGACAUCAACUUCAACGCUCCCGUCAUUCGCCUCGGUGUCAGCCAGCCUGCCUCCAAGCCUUCUUCUUAUGGCUACGAUUCACGCGCUCCUGACAAUGCCUCUGGAAACCGGAGUCGCAUAGGUCUCGGCGCCGACCAAAGACUGCCGCGCGAAACCGUUCAACUCGUUCCUCCCACUCUGGAAGAAGUCAGCAGAACCAUUUUCAUCGGAGGUCUGGUGGAUGGCGUUCCCGAUGAUGCCCAGCUCGAGGAUGUUUUGGGUGCCGGCGGCCAAGGUCCUGUCAAGCUGCGUCGAUGGACUCGUGUUACUGAUGCCGAUGGAAAGCCCUGUCGCUUCGGUUUCGCCGAGUACGAAGAUGCUGGUGCCCUACAGCUUGCCACGGAGAUCCUCAAAGACGUUAACGUACCUCUGCGGGAAAAGGGCAAGCUUCUAAAAGACGAAGAAGGGAACGUUAAGAAAGCUACACUCUUGGUGGUUGUUGAUCAGAACUCACUCGAGUACAUCGAGAAGUGGUCAAAGCCUUCUGCUGAAGAGCUUCAGUUCCGCCUGGAUACCGCCAAGGACGACCUGAACCGUGUUCUGGCUCACUUGUCUUCUCAGGAUUCUUUGACCAACGGUACAGACAAGAACGGAGAUGUUGUCAUGGAAGAUGGCCACAAGCCAGAUGGUGCAGAAGUUAUUACUAUUCCUGUCGCUGCUGAAGACGAACUGUCCGACAUUCCCGCCGAAAUGCGCGAGACGGUCGCCGCCGAGAUUGCCGCUUUCAGAGACCGUAGUAUCCAGCGCGACCUUGAGCGCCUACGUAAGGAGGAAGAGCUGGAAGCCGCCGAACGCAACCGAUCCGCACCAAGGCCCAGUCGCCUGGCUUCUCCACCUCCUUCGGGUCCUGGAGGUGUUAACGGUGUACCUGUAGGUCCCCGUGAUCGCACUGUUGCCGGAGCCCCAUCAGGUCCAAAGGGGUACAGGGGCGCACAAAUGCCCAAGGACUACGUCGAUGGUGUCAACUUUGUCAACGGGAAGCAUGAGGACGACGACGACCCGGCUUCUGACUCGGAACUCGAACGACGCCGCGAGGAGAAGAAGAACGCAGAGUUGGAGAAGGUGUAUCUGGAUCAAGAAAGACGCUGGCUCAAUGUGGAAAGAAGACAUAUCCAGGCUCUUGCACGUGCCGAUGCGGAAGAAGAAGCAGAGCAAAGCGCUCGCCAGCAGCGUCGUGAGACUCUAGCACAAAAGUAUGGCGAAUUCGACGACGAGGAGGAAUUGCGCAGACCCACCGAGCUGUUCUACCGCGACCGCAAGGCAUGGAUCCGCGCACGCAGAGACUUCAAGCAUGCCGAACGCUCUAGAGACGAAAAGGAUCGCGAGGACGAGAGGAAGGAACGCGCACGCGAGCAGCGCAAGAUGGAUGGUGCUCGCGGCAUGGCCGACGAUUUCCUGGCUGACGCUGGACAAGAGCUGUCAGCCCGCAGUGCAGCGAAGCCGCAACCCAGAGCAUUCACCCUCAACCUGGGCAGCCUCGGUGGCAAUGGCGCAGCUCGCGAGGAGUCGGAAGAGCCGGAAGAGCAACAGAAGAGGGGCGUGGCAAAGCAGCAGACCAUGGCCGAGAUGGAGGGUCUGCUCGACGACGAAGACGAUACCACACAAGGCAGUGGAGAUCGCAAGAAGGCACUACUGCGUGCAGUCGACUUCAAACCUCUGGCUGCUGGCGAGAAGAUGAAUGACGACGAACGUCAAGCCGCCACUCGCGCACUCGCCGCCUCCAUCCCAACAUCCCUUACCGACCUUUUCGGCUGGCCCGUCAAAUGGGCACAUCUUCCCGACUCGGUCAUCCGCGAACAGCUACGUCCGUACGUCCAAAAGAAGAUUUUCGAGUCUCUGGGUGUGCAGGAAGACAUGCUUGUCGAGGUUAUCGAGGGUGUUGUGCGCAGACAUGGUCGUCCAGAGGAGAUUGUGGAGGAACUGAGUGAUACGCUCGACGAAGAGGCCGAGGGACUGGCAAGAAAAGUUUGGCGUAUGGUCGUCUUUUUCUCAGAGUCCGAGGCCAGGGGUCUGGUUGUCAGAGAGUAA